UGAUGCUCAGAAUGUGUUGGAUGAGCUCCACUAUGAAUCUCUUCGUCACCAGGUGGAGUCCCGAAACCGACACAAGCUCAAGUGAUUUUGGGCACAAACAGGGAACCUCAUCGAUGGCUCUUACCUACUGUCUUUACUUUUUGAAAGUCCUACAAUUCGUUGCUGAACAAGAUCCUGCUUCGGCUGAAUAGCAACAUCUAGGAUGGACUUCUCUUUUCCUCUGUGCCUCAGAUGGUCAAAGUCUGAGAUAUCUAUUGGGCUGGCCUCUACAAACUGCCCACCAGAAUUUCUUUCCCCAGCUUAUGUAAUGUCUUUCAAGAUCAAAAGCCAUCAUUACCAUGAAUUUCUGCUAAUGAUCAUGGGGGGUAUGGUUGGCGAUAGAGCUUGUAUUAAAGAAACAGAUUGACAAUGAGGAGCUUGCAAAUUUUCAAGAAGUACUGUAAGUGACUUUGCUUUUGAAAGUCUUUCUUGCCUUGAAAGUAUAUCAACUAAUUAUUGGAACAACAACAGAGUAGGUAUGCCAAGUGCCAAGUUGGACGCAGAGUCGGCCCUUUCUUCCUCUUUAUCACGAUUGAGAGUUAUAGUCGUAAACAUUUCAGGAGUUUCCCAGAGCUGUUGGUCAUCAAAUUGGUUUUUGAUUCUAAGAGUCCGCCAUGGAAGAUGUACUGUUUAUGCAGUGAAGCUGCACAGACUUGUUAUAGUAUCUUCUAGCACAAUCAAGUCUAAGCUGCAAGUUUUGAAGCAUCUUGCUAUGGUUAGCCGAGACUGCCAAGCAUACUGGUUGGCUGCUGCUACUUGCUGCAAUUAUUUCAUUCGCUAUGAUGAAGGCUAUAAAGCUCAUUUUGCCUUCUAUACUUGUUGGUUGCUCCUGUCUUCAUGUGAUUUUGCACUCAGAGAUCAACAUUAACCUUGAUAGCUUGCUCUUACUAUCAUUUGUAAUCCUGUUUCAGUCAGAUCAGAUGAAAACAUCCGGGAUGGAAUUACCUUUUGCUCUCUGCCUCGGAUGGCCAAAGCCUGAGAUCUCCCCUGUCUGUCUGGUGCUGUUAAACUGUCCAACCAAUUCAGCAAUUUGUAGACAUGUUAAUGAGGUGCUAUUUUACUUCUUUUGGAACUCAAUUUGCCAUAUCUUCCAUACUGCUUGUAGUUCAAAGUAGCAGAAAGAUGUGGAUUAGCUGAACCCUGAUAGGUGCUUGCAUCGUUCUUGAAGUUGUAUCUUAGCUCUAUAACAGGCAACACAUUUUUUCUCACUAUUCUGCAGUCGACUACAAGUUGUGCUCUUUGUAUCUGUAAAUCUCAGACAGGACUCAGAGCGCAAAGAAUCCCACUUGCCAAGGCACCAAUUUCUAUUCAAGAAAGGAUCCCACUUGGUGGAUGGGAACGUUGGAGAGAUCAAAUUAUGGAAAUCAAUUGAACAGGAUUAUAUAGGAACAUAUAAGGUCAACCUUAGUUCAUCAAACUGACAUUUUGCACAGCAUCUGUAUGUAAAAUUACUUCUAUGUGAACUUGUCUCCUUGUACGUCAAUAUUGUUCAAUGAAGCAAUAAUGUGACAUGGAUCUUAC